GGGGCGGGCACGGUGUCCCAGGAGGACAGAGUUUGCAUUGAUGAAAACCCUUCCCAGCUCUUUGAAGCCUCUUUCCCGCUGCCUGAGCCCAGCCGCCUAGUCCUCUGUGUCCUGCUCACUCACUGCCAGGAUGGCAUCUUGUCUGGCCCUACGCAUGGUGCUGCUGCUCGUCUCUGGGGUCCUGGCCCCUGCGGUGCUCACAGGUAAGGGUCCCCAGGAGCCCGAUCCCACCCUGUGGAACGAGCCUAUUGAAUUUCCCUCGGGUGAAGGUCCCCUGGAGAGCACUAGCCACAUCCAGGAAUUUGCUGUCUCUGGCCCUCCAUUCCCAACCUCUGCUCCAGCACCAGAGGACAGCACCCCUCCGGCAAGGGUGGACCAGGACGGAGGAUCCCUUGGACCAGGCGCCAUUGCAGCCAUCGUGAUAGCUGCCCUGCUGGCUACCUGCGUGGUGCUGGCACUCGUGGUUGUCGCGCUAAGAAAGUUUUCUGCUUCUUGAAGUCAAUAAAGGAGCCGCGCAGGCCCAGGCCCGUCCGCGGCGACUCUGCA